CCCCUCGUCCUGUCGUCUUCUCGUCGACCACCCCUCCGGCUCUCCGACCAUCUCGCGAUCUACCCGCCGCCGCUGCCAUGGCUUUCGCCGCGCGGAGGAGGCUUGCUACCAGCCUCUCCGACCACUUCUCCCGACACCUCCGCCCCUCCAUCUCGCACCUCAUCUCGCCCCACCACGACUGCUCUGAGAGCCCCUCCUCGGCCGCCCCAUCUUCACCUCAAUCACCACCCGUAAAACCGUUCCCCUCCUCCCUUUCCCGGCCGUCGAGAUCCCAAGCCCUUACCAGCCUUCCCCUCCCCCUCCCCUUCCCCUUCGCGCUCCACCUCGCGGCCCACCGUAACCUCUCCACGACCUCCUCCGCAUCAGCACCAGACAUCGAUGUCGCGGCAGACAUGCUCACCGACGCCGCCUCCCCGGUCCCGGUGUCGGAGCUGCUCUCGGACGAAGUGGUUUCCGCCGCAGCCUCCGUACCCGUGACUCCAGCGCCGUACGCGGGGGAGGUGGCUGCCGCAGCAGCCGAAUCAUUUCCCCCGGUCGCCGCACUGCAAUACCUCCUGGACGCCGUGCAGUCCUUCACUGGCCUCAACUGGUGGGCUACUAUUGCGCUGACGACGCUGCUGAUCCGGUUACUGACAGUCCCAUUGCUCAUCAACCAGAUGAAGUCCACAAUGAAGUUAAAUGACUUGAGACCAGAAAUUGAAGCCAUCAAUGAAGAGAUGCGAAAUUCAACUGAUCCAAGAUCAAUGGAAGUGGGGAAACAGAAAUUGGGCGAGCUAUUCAUUAGACAUGGUGUGACUCCAUUUACGCCAUUGAAGGGUCUAUUUAUACAGGGGCCGAUAUUCAUGAGCUUUUUCUUUGCUAUAUCUAACAUGGUUGAGAAAGUCCCUUCUCUUAAAGGUGGCGGAGCAUAUUGGUUUACUGAUUUGACAACUCCUGAUGAUCUUUUAAUCCUCCCAGUGUUAACAUCACUGUCAUUUUUGGCUACUGUAGAGCUCAAUAUGCAAGACGGCAUGGAAGGAAAUCCUAUGGCAAAAUCAAUGAAAAAGUUCUCCAGAUUUUUUGGGGUUAUGUUUGUUCCAUUUACAAUAGGCUUUCCAAAGGCCAUAUUUUUUUACUGGGUCACAUCGAACUUGUUCUCGCUUGUAUAUGGUGUUGUUAUCCGGAAACCAGCCAUAAGGGUAUGGUUGGAUCUUCCUCCCUUGGAAUCUCAGCCCACACCUGCACGAAUGCAAGCCUUAAGCCUCUUUGGUGGACCCAAGCCAAGUCCUGGAGUUUAUUCUCCUAUCGCAGACAAGGAGUGCGAGCAAUCUGGAGUUGGUUCUCCUAUUGCAGACAAGGAGUGCGAGCAAUCUGGAGUUGGUUCUCCUGUUGCAGACAAGGAGUGCGAGCAAUCUAGCUCUGUGCUGAGUGACAGUAUCAGAGAUCUCGAGAACAGGGCGAAAUCUAGAGGUGAAUCUCAAGAGUAGUUCCUGAUUUUUGUGCACAUGGAAGUAAAGAAGCACACCUCCUUUUGGGUUUUGUAACUUCAUGGUGGGGGUAAGGACACCCAGUAUGUGUGGAUUGUGUUGAGGUUUGAUUUGGGAGAGGUGCCUGUUUUUCAGUUCAUGGGUCCAGUGUCGUUUCAGUGAAUAAAUUGGAGCAAUUUUAGCAUUUGUAAUUGUUUCAUAAUACGAUAUAACCUAACUAGCUUAACAAUAGCAUGUUGUUCUUUGGAUUAACUAUUAAGCAUAGUGAUUCUGCCGAGAGCCGCAUCC